CACACUAUAUAAAGGACCCUAUCCCCAGCCUAAGGUUACAUGUACUCUCAUAUGCCAAGUAUCUGAGUUUGCUUGUUUCAUUGGAGGUGAAGAGAUGAGGUUCAAAGUUUGGUCUUUCCUGGGCGUCCUGUUCGCGCUUCUUCUCGUCUCGUCGGUUGUCGAAACCGCUACCCAUAACAAAGAAGAGAAAAAAUCGGAUGUAGCAGAAGCGAAAGUCCCAGAGGAGGACGCGAAGACCGGAGGUGAUUGUGGCAGUGGUGGGCCUGGUGGCGGUGGCUGCGGCAGCGGUGGUGGCGGUAAGUAUGCGGUGGCACGAGAACCGGACCAGCUUGAGAAUGCUAAGUAUGGUGGGGGUGGAGGAGGAGGGUGCAGGCGAGGCUGUUGUGGAUGGCGUGGAAGACAAUGCUAUCGUUGCUGCGGGGAGAAUGAGGUCGCGACCGAGGCCAAUAAGCCGCAAAAGCUUGAGAAAGCUGAGUACGGCGGGGGUGGAGGAGGAGGGUGCAGGCGAGGCUGUUGUGGAUGGCAUGGAAGACAAUGCUAUCGUUGCUGCGGGGAGAAUGAGGUCGCGACCGAGGCCAAUAAGCCGCAAAAGCUUGAGAACGCUGAGUACGGCGGGGGUGGAGGAGGAGGGUGCAGGCGAGGCUGUUGUGGAUGGCAUGGAAGACAAUGCUAUCGUUGCUGCGGGGAGAAUGAGGUCGCGACCGAGGCCAAUAAGCCGCAAAAGCUUGAGAACGCUGAGUACGGUGGGGGUGGAGGAGGAGGGUGCAGGCGAGGCUGUUGUGGAUGGCAUGGAAGACAAUGCUAUCGUUGCUGCGGGGAGAAUGAGGUCGCGACCGAGGCCAAUAAGCCACAAAACUAGUUCCUCCCACAUGUAAAAGGAAUAUGUACUAUGUAUGUCGAAUCUUAUGUCCAAGGCAAGUGCCAUGUAUAUUAGGAUGGUGUAAAUAAAUGCACGCAUGGGUACGUACGUAACGACUUUGCAUGCCCUCAGCGUAAGUUGGGGUUAGGUCCCCUUGAGCCGAUGAUGUAUCUUAUUUCGGUGAGAGCUGAUGAUGUAUCUUUGAUGUGCUUCUUUGAUGUGCUAAAUAAAAUAUGUCACACUUCAACGACUGAAAAAUA